CCCUAUUCAUGAUUGUUGUUUACUACAGUACUACUAUUUGGAUACAACGUACUCUGCUCUGCUCUCGCACCACCACCCACCACUCCGGGCCACAGACCGUCCGACACAGCCACCCAUGUCCGAUUCCUCGUCCUCUGCCUCCUCCUCCUCGUCGUCGGUCGCAUCCUCCCGUGCAGGGGACGAAGGGACCGGCGUCCUCGACGACCUGCUGCUCGGCCCGGAACGCACACGCACACGCACACGCACCGAUCGGAGGGCAUCGUCGGGGCAGGGGGUCCCGUGUCCUUGCAGCCUUUCCAUCGGCAGCACAAGCACAAGCACGCGGACCGAGCGGGUCCGCACGCGGAAGGUGGGGCGAGGGUCGUUCGCCGCCGGAAUCGAGGAGGCAGGCCCCAGCAGCAACAAACACAAACACAAACACAAACACAGGGGCAACCACCACCAACCCAGACACGGUGAAAGCGACGGCCACAAACUCGUUGCGAAACGAAGGUACGAAUCCCCAACCAACCACGACGCGCUUUCGUCCCAAUGGUCUCUCCGGCAGCAAGGAAUGCGGCCGAGGGAGCCCAAGACGGAGCUGGAAGCGGCCGUCCUCGCGGAUUGCGUCGCGAACCACUUCUUGCUGGCCGCCGGUGCCGAGCAAAACAGCGAAGCGUCCUCCGAGCCGAUGGCCGGGGCCAUCGCGUCGAGGUUCGAAAAGGCGACCUUCCGAAAGAACGAAAUCAUCUUCCGGGAGGGAGACGCUGCCGACCACUUGUACGUUCUGUACCGGGGAGAAGUUCUGGUCCGCACCCAACACGAAGAGGACGACGCAUCCCCACCGGGCGACGACGAAAAGGACUACAGCGACGAUGGCGACGACGGAAGCAACGGCUACAAAAUCUUGGGAGAACUCGAGCUGCUGACCAACUCCCCCUUCUACAGAGCCACCGCAAAGGCAACCUCGGAUUCGUGCGUGCUCUUCCGUCUGGGCGCGAGUGAUUUCCAGAGCUACUUUUUGCCGCGGCCCCCGGGCCGGACGCCACCGAUCCCUGCGUCAUCGGAAGGACCGACAGAGCACGAAGAAAAACGCCUCUUUGGGAUGCUGCGGGAGGCCAUGCCGUUCGAACUGGCGUCGUAUUUCUUUCCAAAAGACGACCAAGACCACGACUGCCACGUUCGGCUCUGGAAGCGGCUCUUGUCCGAGCGCAGGGUUCGCAAUUUCCAAAAGGGAGACGUUCUCGUACACAAGAGCACGCCGGUAAAAGCCCUGGUGCUGAUCUCGGACGGCCUGGUGAGAGCGACCGAAAACUCUGCGGGGGGACGGUCCUACGAAGACCUGCCGAUCGGUCCCGGAAAGGCCCGGACUUGUUUCGGCUGGCAAUCGGUGCUCCACACGGCCGGGACGGGAGCGACCAACGAGGCUUCGAGCUCAAGCUCGGCUCCGGACGCCCUUCCGGCCGAGACAUGGACGGAUGGUGGUGACGCGGCAACGGAACACGACCGGGGGCACAGAGACCAAGACAGCAGCAGAAUGAGGGGAACGAUAGUGGCAGAGACGGAUGGCCAGGCCGUUGUCAUUUCGAAAAAAUCCUUUGAGAAAAUAUUCUGUCACAUCAGCUACAACCACGAACGCGGCGACCGCCACCACGGGAACCGCUCUCUGUUGAUGGACGUGGCGGAACUUCGCCGGAGGCAAUGGAAAAGGACCCAGCUGCGGCAAAUCAUGGUCUUCAAGGACAGCGCGCUGGACAACACCCAGGUCAAUGGAUUGGUCGACCUGAUGCACCACUGCGAAUACGGACGAGAGGAGGCCAUCAUAAAGGCGGGACAAAAGGUGGAGGCCGCAAUGUAUUUUGUUCGGGAAGGAAGCGUCCGGCUGGAACUCAACAAGGGCAGAGAGAAAAAAACGAUCGAAAAAGGCGGAUACUUUGGGGAAAAGAACAUGCUGCUGGAUCAAAACAAGAACGACAACGAGAAACACUAUCGGAAGCGAUCCGUGUUGUCGGCCAUCUCGUCGGCCGCCGCGACCAAAGUCGAUGUGUUGUACCUGGAGGAGUGCCGCAAAGUCGUCAACACGAGGAUACUUGGCCUGGGAGAGGACACCGCGGUGAGCACGAUCGACAGCUCCGUCCAGUGGGCGGAUAUACAACGCCACAAGCUCAUUGGGACCGGGAGUUUUGGGCAAGUUUGGUUGGUCGGCAGAGAUGCCUGCGGACCUCACGGUGGCAACGACGAGACGGUGGGUGCGUCGGAUCCAGAACCGAAACGGCAAUUCUUUGCACUAAAAGUCCAAGCCAAAUUCGCUGUGGUGCAAUCGAACGACGCAGACCGUUUGAUUGCGGAACGAAACAUCAUGGCAUCCCUCCACUCGCCCUUUAUCAUGCGACUCUUCAACGCGUUUCAGGACGACUACCGCCUCUUCAUGGUUACGUCGUUGCUGCCCGGUGGCGAACUCGAAUCCAUCGUUCCAGAAAACGGUUUUUCCGAAUCCACUGCACGCUUCUAUGCAGCCGGCAUCCUCGAGGGUCUGACCUACAUGCACCGAAAACACAUUAUUCACAGAGACGUCAAACCAGAAAACAUCUUGCUCAACGCCAAGGGUUAUCCGGUAUUGAUUGACUUCGGAUUCGGUAAGUACUGAUGCAUCUGGCUGCAAACAAAGCACUUUGGUAUCGGUUCGGACUCAUUACUCACAGUAGUAUUCAAAACCCAAUCGGAAUCCGAUUUUUGGUAAUAGCGAAAUACGUACCAGAGAAGACGUAUACGUUUUGCGGGUCACCGAUGUUCAUGGCUCCGGAGACAAUUUUGUACCAGGGGCAAAACAAAGGAGUGGACCAUUGGUCUUGGGCGGUGCUUGUAUACCGCCUGGUCACCGGAACCUAUCCCUUCUACGAGAAAGGAAUGGACGAGAUGGCCCUCUACAAACGCAUUUGCAAGGGCACCUUUAAGGUGACCGGCGCCAUGUCSGUAGACUUUCGAAUGCUCGCCAUCGCCGUGCUGUAUCCGGAUCCCACGGAACGACUCGGAUCGCGCGCCAACGGAUGGCGGGACAUCUUCGACGCGCCGUGGUUUGCGAACUCGCUGUCCUCCCUGGAUCUGAAAAAACUGCGGAAACAAGCGCUGCCCGCCCCUCUGUUGCCGGACGGUGCCGAAAGCGGCCAGCCCGGCGAGCUCGAAGCCUUUGUCCACCAGUCGAGCAGCGCGUUCGACGACUUGUUCGACAACGACGUGUGUGGGAAGAUCGCAGACAACCAACAACACAUCUUCGGCUCGUUUGGGUCGUACRUGAGCAGUCCAAUCGGCAACCCAAUAACCUAGUAGUCGCAAAGCCAGCACCGCAUCUAGCAAGUCAUCCUACUGGCAUGGCACUCACUGCUUUUCAUGAUACUUGCACCAAACUGCUGAUAUCAUCGUUCCACUCACGGUGACCUGGGUUUGAAACUUCUUCUUAAUGUUGUUGUUGUUUGGUGAUGGCUGAGCUUUCUUGCUCGUAGUACUAACAGUAGUAGUAAUACCUUCCAGUAAUACUAGUACUACUAGUAAAGGUGGCAACAGUAAUAUUAGUAGUUUUCAUUUAGUAUGGAAAUAAGUUAUAACUAAGGAA